AUGGAAUCGUCGCUGAAGUGCAACACGCUUCUGUGCAGGACAGAGCUGAAGGACGAAGCUGUCGUCACCAGCUGCCUUCAUGUUUUCUGUAUUGAUUGCGCUUCUCGCGCCAACUUGAUCACUCCAGGCGCGGAGCAUCUUCGCCAGUGUCCCGCAUGCCGUUCGCCCUUGCCGGGUCCAGAUCACGCAGUCCAUGUCAAUCUAAGACCUUCUGAUGACUACAAAGGCAGCAUUUUACGUGGAUUAAGUCCGGUCGCUGUGAUUGACUGUGCCAGUGCUGCCUUGAACUUUUGGGAGUAUCAGAUGGCCCAGGAGAUCGUCUAUCAUGCCUACUUUGAGCAAACAUUGACAGACAAAUACUCACAAUCGAGAGCCGAGCUGGACAAGAUUACAGGAGAAGCAAAUGGCCAGAUAGGAAUGCUGUCUGACAAGCUAUCCGCGGUCACACUAGAACGUGACUCUGUGCGCCGAAAGAACGAUGAGCUGAUCGUCAUGCUAAAAGAAAAGAACAAAAAGCUCAUGCAAGUCCAGGAGCUAUACGACAAGCUGAAACGCAAGGCUAUGCUAGGUUCACUGCAAGACGGUGCCUCAGAGGCGGUUGAUACAACCUUGGAUCGAGUUGCAGCUGUUGGUGCCACGCCUGUAGCCGCAGAUCGAUACCAGCGGCUGGGGUUUUACCAACAACAGGCCGGCGACGUUAGACCUCAUGGAGGUUUACAACCAAGAACAGGAAACACGUGGGACCAGCAGUUUAGACGCGAUCGCAUUGCAGCAACGCCAGAGCACAGAAACCAUUCAAACAACACCGCUGGAAUUAGACUUUCGAAUAUACCGGGCUUAGUUGUUGGCGGCGCGCCUCUGCUCAACCAGGACCGCCGUCACGGCUUGAGGUCAGAGCAUCAGCACCUAAACGGUGUCCACGGUAACUCUGGGUAUGGCGGUGCCAGUACCAACAACGGCCUUGGGCUGAACACAAGUGGUACAACUGGUGCUCUCCCGGGCGGAGCUGUUGGACUCUCAUCCGCACAGAAACCAAGCUGUAUGGACUCUCAGGAUCCUUUUUCGAUCAUACUUAGAGCUGACUUUGGAUAUCUUCUCCAGUAA